ACGCAUUUUUUGCCUUGUUGGAAGGUGAUUUCGGUAGGAAGUGCUCGAACUGCAGACGGUCUUAGAAGAAAAUAGCUGAGUUGUGAAACCGGGAGACGCCUGGACGGAUAUUGUCUUCUGUCACCAAAUGACGUCAGUCACUGAGGACCUUCCAGACAUGGAUGGAGCAGAUCUGUUAGGGCUGCUGUUCCACGAUGGAGAGGAUGGAUCCACUGAGCCCUUUUUCACUGAUGAGAACGGUCUCAUUGAAUCCUGGUUGUCUGAGCAAGAUAUGCUGACGGGUUUGGACACUGAAGAUUUUCUGUCCAGCUUGUUAGAUGUAGAGGAUAACAUGAAGGCCUUCUGUCCUUCUCACUCUCCAGUGGGGAGUGACAGUGGCAUUUCUGACGACAGCAGCACGGGGGCUGGAAACAACAACGUUCUGGGGUGCCCGAGUCCUCACGGCAGUGAAAGUGAUGUUGUGCCCAGCCCUUCCUUUUCUCACCCUAGCCCGGUGUAUUCAGAUCCUGCUUCUACCUCAGCAGAGCUGCAAACGGAGUCCCUCGAGAGCUUUACGGUCCAUGCAGAUCACAGCUACUCCCUGCUGCAGAGCGGAGCCAGGGACAUGGACGUGCUGGAGAGCGUGCGGGCCGAGAAGCCAGAUAUGGAUGUCUUCAUUGAUUUGGAUGACCUGGUGAGUGAAGAAAUGGAGGAGGACGUCACCAGCGAGCUGCCCUACACUCUGGCCAUAGAAAACUCUGCUCAGGAUUCAGAGCUGGACAAAGAAGACCAAUUCCAGUUUAAGGAAAUUGUUCUCACUGAGGAAGAGAAGCGGCUUUUGGCAAAAGAAGGUGUUACCAUUCCCACCCAGAUGCCACUGACGAAGGCCGAGGAAAGAACUUUGAAGAGGGUCAGGAGGAAGAUCCGCAACAAGCAGUCUGCUCAGGAGAGCCGCAAAAAGAAGAAAGUGUAUGUCGAUGGACUGGAAAACAGGGUUGCCAUUUGCACUGCACACAACCUGGAACUUCAGAAAAAAGUCCAGAUGCUUCAGAAACAGAACAUAUCACUGAUCGAGCAGCUGAGGAAACUUCAGGCUUUGGUGAAGAUGUCAACUAUGAAGGCCAGCACAAGCAGCACUUGCAUCAUGGUGUUCCUGCUUUCUUUCUGUCUUAUCAUCUUCCCCUCAGUUAAUCCAUUUGGUGGAAACUCCAAACAGAAUGAACUCUACACACCUUCAUCCAUCUAUUCCCGGAACCUGCGCUCGCUGCCCUCAGAAAGCCCGGAUGCCGCAAUUCACCUCAAGUCUGAGGACGAACCUCUGGUUUUGGUGCCCCAGGCAGUGGAAAACCCCAACGCCAUUUUUGCAGGAGGUCAGAAUAAUCACACCCCUGAUUACCAGAGGGUGGAGCAGGCCGACUCCGAGACAGGCGUCAACAGCAACUCCUCGGCAGACUUCCCCAGUCCCUCUCAAGCAGCUGAAAUGAAGCCAGGGCCCCCUGGCAGUGUAGGGCCCCUACAAGAAGGACCCAUGGAGGCUGUAGUGGCAUACGAGGUCCCAGGAUCCAAGGAAAACUGGAUAGACCGAAGUCCUCCGUCUGUCAUUUUACAGCAGCACCGCUCCGAUGAGAUGUAGACGGGGUGUUAUCAAACGCAUGACCAGCAGAGGGAGCCAUAUUUCUAAUUGUACAAGAGGGAAACUUUUAAAAAAGGGGAAGCAGUCCUUGUUCAGAAUCUGUCAAUUUUCCAUAACUUUUCCCCUCCAUCAACCAUAUAUAACAUAUACUGCAGUUACUUUACUUUCACUUUGAUAUUUAUUGCUCCAAAAAGUUGAAAAACGAAUGAGAUUGAUGUAUCUCUGCAGCGAAAACUACUGUACGUACAAAACAAGGGUCAGUAUAGGUUAUCCCUGGUCUGCUGCAGGUUGCCUGCUACAGAAGGUUCUAAACUUAUUUUAGGAUGUGCAGACAGCCAAAUUAAUAAAUAAGCUUAAUAUUGGUGGCUUGGGAACAUUCACUUGGUUAGAAAUGUUGCAGAUAAGUACAACUUGAUGCAAAUAUUAUUUUACAUGAGAUUUUGCGGAGAGAUUUAUUUUGGUUUUGCCUCAAACAUGUUGACACACUCCCCAAAAUCAAUAUGCCUAGUUAUGCUAAAUUAAAAAAAAAAGAAAAAAGUCUGUACUUUUUUACUGCAGUCUAGCCUCCGUCAUCAGUUUCCAUCUGCUUGAUCCUCAUGAAGCUUGAACAAAGUGGUUGUUGGACCACUGUAUGUAUCGCUUUAGCCAUUGCAGGACAUUUGGCCAUUUAGAAGACUUGUAAAGUUUCUUAGUACUUCCCUUGUAACAAGGGUGUCCAUGUGUCUUUUAAUUUGUGGAAUGCUUUGUUUUUAUGUUGUGCAGUCAACCAAGAUGAAGUAUAGAAAUGCACACAGAACUCUUGACUUGAACGUUAAGCCCAGUCUGCAGUUUCCCUUUUUAUAAAUGUCUGGAGCAUCUUAUCACCAAUGUGUUAGGAAUAAGGGAGUUAAUAUAUUUGCUCGGUAAACUUUGCAGUUGAGUAUGCUGAAAAUAAUGUAAUGACCUGUUUUGUCAGUGAAGCAUUCUGUUAUUUUUGUGUACUUUUUUUUUGUUACUGUCAGUAAUUACUGGAAUCUAAGUAAUAAUAAUUUUGUAAUAAUAACAAGGCUGUGGGAUUUUAAAUGUUAAUCAAGUCCAAACAAAUGCACUGACAUUUGACAUAGUCCAAGAUUCCUAUGUAAAUACGUUGAUUGUUAUUUUUUUCUGUACAUAUUAACUUUAUGUAUAAGACGUCUGAACAUCUAUAAUAAACUUUUUUUAUG